CCGCUUUAUCGACAUUCACUUAGGAAACACACUCUAUUAUUGUCACAUCUUGACCAUAAAGGUGUUGUUUGCCCAGUUGCCGAUGUAAAAUGUGGCCAGAGAAAACUUCGAAAUCGUUCCGGCAAAAUCGUAGGCGGCGAAAACGCGGAAAAGGCCGAAUUUCCGUGGUUGGUGUCGAUCACCAGAAGAGGGGGUCACUUUUGCGGCGGAACGCUGAUCAGCAACAGACACGUUAUGACUGCCGGUCAUUGUUUAUGCACGGGAAUCGGGGAUGAUCUUUUCAAACCCACGUCCUUGAGGGUGACACUUUCGCAACACGAUCUCUCGGACAAGAGCACCGACGCUUACGAACGUCCUGUGAGAUCCUUCAACAUACACCCCCAUUACUCCUGCUCCAGAUCCUCGAACGACAUUGCCAUAUUGGAGUUGGAUGGACAUGUGACGUGGUCUGAUAGCGUCAUCCCCGCUUGCCUACCUACCGAGAGGUCUUCGCAGCUCGACAACUUACUGGCCACGGUCGCAGGAUGGGGAUGGACUCACGAGCACAGUUCCAAAGGUGGUCGCGCUAAAACCCUGCAAAAGGCAAAAGUGAACGUUAUCGGCGUAGAGAAGUGUAAGAGCUGGUACGAGUCGCAGGGCAAGAAGACCAAGGUGCAACCUAACCAGAUCUGCGCGGGUCACGAACUGGGUGGUAUAGACGCGUGUUGGGCAGACAGCGGCGGACCGCUGAUGGUCGAAACCACUACAGACAACCAAAUGAUGGUUGUAGGGGUAGUUUCGACCGGAGUAGGAUGCGCCAGGCCUUACUUGCCUGGAAUAUACACCCGGGUGUCGGGUUAUAUUCCGUGGAUCCGUAGCGUGAUAGGAAGAAGCUAA